AUGGCUGCGCCUGCGACCUCCUACGAGCGCCGACUGCUCGCGGCCGCCGACCUCGUCCUCUCCACCGACGCCCAGGAUCAAGCUACCCGCCUCCUGGACCUCGGCGUCACGGCCGACCUCAACCCGCACCAGCUCCAUGGCGUCGCCUGGCUCAUCCGCCGCUACCGCCUCGGCGUCAACGUCGUCCUCGGUGAUGAGAUGGGGCUUGGCAAGACCCUACAAGCCAUUUCUCUAUUGAGUUAUCUCAAGAUCCAGCGUAUUGCACCCGGACCAUUUCUGGUCUUAUGUCCUCUAAGCGUUACAGAUGGCUGGCUGUCAGAAUUCAGUAAACUCUGUCCUUCCUUCAGGGUGCUGCAGUAUGUUGGUGAUAAGCUUCACCGACGUGACCUUCGGAGGACCAUCUAUGAAGAUGAAUUACCAUUUGAUGUGCUCAUGACAACAUAUGACAUAGCCUUGAUGGAUCAAGAUUUCCUUUCACAAAUCCCCUGGCACUAUGCAGUUAUUGAUGAAGCUCAACAUCUUAAAAAUCCAUCCAGUGUACUGUAUAAUGUCCUUGAGCAGCGUUUCAUCAUGCCAAGACGUCUACUACUAACAGGCACUCCUAUCCAGAACAACCUUUCUGAAUUAUGGGCUUUGAUGCACUUUUGUCUGCCUUCAAUAUUUGGAAAGUUGGAUGAGUUCCUUUCUACAUUUAAGGAAGCAGGGGAAUCAUUGACAGGUGUAUUGUGUUGA